AUGACGAGAUCCGGCGUUUCUAGUCUCUGUUUGUCCGCGUUGUCCAUUUCGUCUCCCGGUGAACCUUUUAACUGUAAAACGCUCCAAACCUCCAGUCAACUCGGAUCUAUGCCUUCGUUGGCGUGUUCCGAAGACGAUGAUUCCAUGAGUACGGCCAACCCGAGUUCUUCCACCGAAAGUUUGGGUCGAGGUCUCGUGCGAGGUUGGGGAAGCGUCGAAUCCCGACGCGGGUACGUGGAUCUUUCUGCACUCACGUCCACGAACCGGAACAGGGCAUGCACCCCGUUGCGACGAUUACCACAGCCCGACGCAGUAUCCACUUUGACAACUCACGAUUGUGGACAAUCACAAGGACCCGCUUGGGGGUACUUUGUCGAUACGCCCAUGGAAGACCAGGAAGAGGAAGCCAUGACUUGGUAA